GGUCAUAAUAGAUAUCGGGCUACAUAGCAGUCCGGAAAAUAAUGUGCUCCGGCGAAUGCACAUCGUAACAAGCAAAUAUUUUCAACUUCCUUUUCCGGUAUAAGUCCCAAACAUCAGGGCUGCCAAAAUGAAGUUGAACAAGAUGGUGUCGUCUUCUCGGAGGAAGAACAGGAAGCGUCAUUUUAAUGCACCUUCACACAUCCGCCGCAAGUUGAUGAGCGCUCCACUUUCAAAGGAACUUAGGCAAAAACACAAUGUUCGAAGCAUACCCAUUCGGAAAGAUGAUGAAGUUCAGGUUGUUCGCGGACAUUACAAAGGUCAGCAAGUUGGAAAAGUCGUCUCUUGCUACAGAAAGAAAUUUGUAGUCUACAUAGAGAGAAUUCAGAGAGAAAAGGCCAACGGUGCCUCUGUAAAUGUUGGCAUUCACCCUUCAAAAGUUGUCAUAGUGAAACUUAAGAUGGACAAGGACCGCAAGCGUAUCCUGGACCGCAAGGCCAAGGCCCGCCAGACCACAGACAAGGGCAAACACACCGAGGAAUCCAUCAUGGAGACCUCAUAAGUCUGUCAAUCUUAGGUGUGCAGUCUGUCAAAAUAAAGAGAAAAACAAGCA